UGUCUCGAUUAAUAUGGGGCUGCCAGUGCCGCCACAACUUCGAGCCAACAUCUGCUGCACAUCGCCGGGAUCCGCGCUACUCCCUGACGUCAUAUUCCCGAGGACAGACGCCUCGUCACGUGAUCGAAUUAUGGUUCCGGGAUGGUGGUUGUACAUUGUGGUGGGGACUGCGCGGAUGGUGGCCGCUGACAAACGCAUCGUCUGAACAGAUGCCGUCUUCCACGGCGCCGAUAUGGCCUUCUGCGCCCUCCUGCCGCCCGGCACAUCACCCGAAUGCGACGCGCACAACGCCGUGGUAAACGCUGCGGAUCGGACUGCCGCCUCCGCGACAACCGCGCCGGAUGCGAUGGCCGCCGCCGCGACGCCACCACCGUCCAGUGCCGCGGUCGGGAUAGUCGAUCCCGAGUUCCAGUUUAUCGGCACCGAGCGACUGCCGGCUGAUCAAGUGAUGAAGGACCGCAGCAGCUUCGAAGGCGACAUUCUGGGCUACGAUAUGGCGGUGACCGGCAGCGCCACCACCGACGAACUGGCGAAGCAGAGCGCCAAUUUCAUCAAGGACAAGCAGCGCAAGUGGCCGCGGGGGACGGUGCCGUUCCAUCUGUCCAAAUACUUCAUGCCGGAUGACGCCAGCAAAGUGCGGCGGGCCCUGCAGUCCUUCUCGGCCAAGACCGGGAUUGUAUUCGUCGAGCAGACAACCGAGACGGACUACGUCUACAUCGGGCCCGGCAUCGGGUGCCAGUCGCAUACCGGCAAACAGAACGGCCGACAAUAUCUCAGCCUGCAGAUGCCCGAAUGCCGACCCGUCGGGAUCAUCCACCACGAGCUAAUGCACACCGUCGGUUUCUACCACGAACAAUCCCGCACCGACAGGGACCAGUAUGUGCAGAUCAACUGGGACAACAUUGCCGAGAGCGAUCGCAGCCAGUUCCUCAAGUACUCCGCCGAGGAGAUCACGGCGUUCGGGGAAGAGUACGACUUCCAGUCGAUCAUGCACUACGGCCAGUACGACUUUGCCAAGGACCCCACGCAGUUCACCAUCCAGCCGCUGCCGGAUAAACUGCCACCCGGUGGACUGCAGGUGAUGGGACAGCGCACCGCCCUCAGCGCCGUCGACACCAAGAAGAUCCGGCUGGCCUAUCCCAGCUCCGACAAUCGGGCGUGUCCCACGGAGGACGGCUGGGUGAAGUUGGGCGAGAAAAAGUGCUACUACUUCUCCUUCCUGGCUAAUAACAGAGUGCAGCGUUUCGUGGAAGGCCGCAACUACUGCCGGAUGUGGAGCGCCCAACCGGCGACGGAGCAGACUAAUAGUCUGGUGUAUAUCCACAGCGUUAUGCAGCAAAACGGCGCCGUUCUGCCCGGCGACGCGGCGGUCUGGCUGGCCAACUGCCGCAGCAUCACCGCGGCAAUCCCUGACGUCACCGACUCCGAAUGCACCGCCGACGAGCCCCGCCAUUUCAUCUGCUAUAAACGCCUGCAACUCGACGACCCGUAGACGUUGCGCUUCGCUAAUUUCAGCUUAGUGAAUCCUUGCUUUAUGUCUCCGCACAAAUUAUCGAUCUUGCAGUAUCGCGUUAAUUAACGUUCGCACUAUUUCACGUCCGAUUUACGUCGCAAUUUUUUACAUAUGUGGCUUGUCGGUUUGGCAUCAGUCUGGUUUCAAAACGGCAUAUUUACAACUUGGAAUGGUUUCUUGUGAUUUAAUCUUAAUGUCUGAAGAGAAGCAGUGCAGAGAAAGUUAUUUCUUGUGACGAAAAUCAAAAUGGGAAAGAACGGGAAUGUUCGGAUAACUCUAAAGAUAAAAUUC